GUGAUAACAUGAUGCCCCAUUGAGCUUUACGAGAGACGUCUCUGGAACCGUCUUCAGCCGCGCCUGCCAAUAUUCAAGUCCAUCCGGCGGGCUGGCUACGAACCCAAUGGCAAUUUCGGCAAUGCAUACCUCACCAUCUCAAAGGGUCUCGACCGAGAAGCGAGAGACAACAGGUGGAGGGCGUGGUUUGCCUUACGAAACAAACACGCAUGCAGAGUGGUCCAGACUCCCUUAUAUGGAGAAGUUCUGCUCACCCUGUCCAUUUGGUACGGCAUUCAGGACCCCUUCAUACCGGAUAAAGCGGCUAAAUUUCACCCAUCUAGACUCAUGGCAUAGGCAUCCUAAUCGACAUAGGUUAGCCUUUCGGGUCGACACCGUCUCCACUCCGGAUCUCGGGGCCCGGACAGCUUCCGAGGACCGAAGUCUGAAAAGAUGGCAUUCUGCCCUUUUCCCAUAUCGAAGAGUCAUCCGAACUCCGCAAUAAUUGGAGUCGAGCUCUGUCCCGAGAGAAGCAAUGCCGUUCUCGGCAUGUGGAGUAGUUCCAAGGAGGCGGGAUACGCUUGGCCUUGCAUAUUUUCCUAGUGUCGGUGUAUUAUCACUAAUCGCUUUUCAACUUGUAGACUCACGGUAAAUCCCGUUCAUCGAGUUUGAAUCGAAGGGAGCUUUCUCGAUUCAUGGAAUUUACGAU